AGAACCCAGAGAGAGAGAGAGAGAGAGAGAGAGCGUGGCUUUGAAAGUUUGGUCUCUACAUCUUCUCUGCCCUUGUUCCCUUCUCUUUUAUUUUCUUGUUUUCCAGUCCUUUUCCGUUUCUUUUGUCUUCCCCAAUUUCGCAACCCUAAUUUCCCCCCAAAAUUUCCCAAUCCCGCUUGUUCGAUUGCGCAAUCCGUUGCCUGCUUAGUGUUUCUUUUCGAUUUUCGACUCCAAUUUCUUCAUCCGCCGCAGUUUUCUAGGAUUUGAUGAAGGGAAGUCAUCUGCAUCACCGGCAGAGUUGAUGGACGGCCAUCGAAAUGCCUCAACUGCGUAGCGGAGUGCGGAGAGGCCGCCGACCCGCUCCCAGAAGCGAACCGCUAGGCAAAAGGGGGACUAGACGAGCUGCUGCGGGAAGACGAACGGUUGAGGAUAACUGUAAUAACAAGGAGGCGGAGGAGGAGGUUUUUGUGGCGCGAGAUGCCGAUGGUGGUGGGAAUGAUGACGCCGCAGUGAAAGUGCCUGAGCCGGUUAAGAGUCAGGAAAAUAUUAGAGUUGCAGAGGAGGUGAAGGAGGAAGUUGCGGAGAAGAAGAUGGAUGAGUGUGAAAGUGGUGGCCGUGGAAGUGAUAAGGGUUUGGUAGCCGAGGAUGAAGGGAGCACUGCUCCUCUUCCGGAAAGGGUCCAGGUUGGUGGGUCCCCUGCUUAUCGAAUUGAUAAGAAGCUUGGGAAAGGGGGAUUUGGACAAGUAUAUGUAGGUCGACGAAUCAAUCCAAGCAUUCCACAUGAAAGAACUGGCCCAGGGGCAGUGGAAGUUGCGUUGAAAUUUGAGCAUCGGAACAGCAAAGGCUGCAAUUAUGGCCCCCCUUACGAAUGGCAAGUGUAUAGUGCACUUGGCGGCAGCCAUGGCAUACCUCGAGUGCAUUACAAAGGGCGACAAGGUGACUACUACAUUAUGGUUAUGGAUAUGCUUGGUCCUAGUCUGUGGGAUGUGUGGAACACCAAUUCGCACUCAAUGUCAAUAGAAAUGGUGGCGUGUAUUGCCAUUGAAGCAAUAUCUAUUCUGGAAAAGUUGCACUCUAGAGGAUAUGUCCAUGGGGAUGUUAAGCCAGAGAACUUUUUGCUUGGGCCACCAGGAACACCUGAUGAGAAAAGGCUUUUUCUUGUUGAUCUUGGAUUGGCUACCAGGUGGCGUGAUAUUACUACUGGAGCUCAUGUUGAUUAUGAUCAACGACCAGAUGUAUUCCGAGGAACUGUGCGUUACGCCAGUGUGCAUGCUCAUCUUGGCAGAACAGGUAGCCGUCGAGAUGAUUUAGAGUCCCUUGCUUAUACACUUGUUUUUCUUCUUCGCGGCCGGCUUCCUUGGCAAGGGUAUCAGGGUGAGAAUAAAGGCUUCCUUGUGUGUAAAAAGAAAAUGGCGACUUCACCGGAAACACUUUGUUGCUUCUGUCCUGCCCCCUUUAGGCAGUUUGUUGAAUAUGUUGUUAACUUGAAGUUUGAUGAGGAGCCUAACUAUGCAAAAUAUAUAUCCCUAUUUGAUGGAAUAGUUGGUCCGAAUCCAGACAUCAGGCCCAUCAAUACUGAAGGUGCUCAGAAGCUAAUAUAUCAAGUUGGCCAUAAGAGAGGGCGACUUAUGAUAGAUGACAAUGAUGAUGAGCAACCAAAGAAAAAGAUUCGCAUGGGGAUGCCAGCUACACAGUGGAUUAGUGUGUACAAUGCUCGUAAACCAAUGAAGCAAAGAUAUCACUACAAUGUUGCGGACGUGAGACUGGAUCAGCACAUUGAGAAGGGAAACACUGAUGGACUGUAUAUUAGCAGUGUGGCAUCUUGUUCAAACUUGUGGGCCCUAAUAAUGGAUGCUGGGACUGGCUUUAAUGCACAAGUUUAUGAACUGUCUCCUUUUUUCCUACACAAGGACUGGAUCAUGGAACAGUGGGAGAAGAACUAUUAUAUCAGUGCCGUAGCAGGUGCUAGUAAUGGGAGCUCAUUAGUAGUAAUGUCCAAGGGCACCCAGUAUCUGCAGCAGUCCUAUAAGGUGAGCGAGUCAUUUCCAUUUAAGUGGAUCAAUAAAAAAUGGAGAGAGGGAUUCUAUGUUACUGCCAUGGCUACAGCUGGAUCUAGGUGGGCUGUUGUUAUGUCUCGUGGGGCUGGGUUUUCCGAUCAGGUUGUGGAAUUAGACUUUCUUUAUCCUAGUGAAGGCAUUCAUAAGAGAUGGGAUGCUGGCUACCGUAUUACAUCAACUGCUGCAACAUGGGAUCAAUCAGCCUUAGUUCUCAGCAUCCCUCGGAGGAAGCCUGCAGAUGAAACACAAGAGACACUUCGGACCUCUGCUUUCCCAAGCAACCACGUCAAGGAUAAAUGGGCAAAGAAUCUUUACAUUGCGUCUGUAUGUUAUGGGAGGACCGUAUCUUGAGGCGCCUAGGUUUUUCCCGUCAGGAGGGAAACUGCUCUUCAUUGUGCUGUGAGAAAAUGCCUGCUUUUUCUCUAUUGGAUAAUGUGGGGUCACUUGUUUAUUUGUGGUCAGACAGAUUCAUUGUCCUGAUCGGGAACUUGAUGUAUGCACACUAACAUAUUUAAUUAUGUGCGACGCCUAUUCCCUAGAUUGCAGUGGUGUUGGCAACUUCAGAUCCUGUGAUCAUACUUGUUCUAGAUUUUGUACAGUGUUGAAGAAUGAUUACUCGAAGGCAGAGGUCACAGGCUGCAUUUUGACUGUGACUGUAUUAUAACAAUCUGAUCUUCAGUAAAAGACUGGAUGUUGUUGAUUAAGUUCCCUGAUUGAUCCA